AUGAACCCAAGAGAUAUUUUUAUUUUCUGCUUUAUAUUUAUGACUCUGAAUGGAAAUAAAGGAAUAAUUCUCUCUAAAACUAAACGCUGUACAUGCAUCAAGAUGAGUAAUCAAACUAUUAACCCAAAGUCCUUAGAAAAACUUGAAGUGAUUCCUGAAAGCCGGUUUUGUCCACAGGUUGAGAUAAUUGCCACAAUGAAAAAAACUGGGGAGAAAAGAUGUUUGGAUCCAGAGUCUAAGAACAUCAAGAAUUUGUUGAAAGCAUUAAGCAAGAAAAGGUCUAAAAGAGCUCAUCAACAGCAGAGGAAAGCAUAA